AUGUCUGAUCUCAACGCCGACCUCGCAGAGGAAGUUGAAGCCAUUAAUGCUAUCUACGACCCGGAUACUAUUACGAUAUCAGAUACGUCUAAAUCUAGCUCUACCUCAACGCUAGACUUAGGGAAUUCGAGUUCGUCUCCAACGAAAGCAGCGACAACGAUCAAACUCCAAAUCCCGAACCAUGCAAACCUAUCCUUCCUCCUCGCCUUCGAGGCAACAUACCCAGAUACCGCCCCUCGAAUAACCGGGACAGCAUCUACAGCUUCACGUGGGGAGGGCAAAAUCGCCAUCGAUGUCCUCGAAGAUAUUCUCAGCCGGACAUACCAACCCGGCGCGGUAUGCCUUUUCGAUCUCAUAAACGAAGCUAUCGAGACGUUUGAAGAACUGCGCAUCGGCACCGACGACGCAAGCACGAAUCCUACAUCAACAGAGACCGUGGCAGCGACUGCAUCCGCCGACAACGAUGGCAUUGAAAACAUAACUGCAACCACUGCCUCUCUCACCCUGCAUGAGAGCAUGGGUCUCUCCGAACCACCACCCUGGAUUCUCUCCGAGGUCAUCUCCGAAAAGAAAUCCGUCUUCGUUGCGCGCGCGGCCCAUGUUACCAGUCUGGACCAGGCGAAGACUUACCUGGAUUAUUUGCUCGCGAGUGACAAGAAGGUUGCGUCUGCGACGCACAAUAUUAGUGCGUGGCGAAUUCGGCAGCUAAGCAAGGCGUCACAUGCGGGAUCGAAGGACGGAGGAGGCGGCGGGAAAGGGUCAUCUCCGGCUUCAACCACGGAGAUGAUAAUCCAGGACUGCGACGAUGACGGGGAGACGGCUGCGGGCGGGCGACUUCUCCAUCUGAUGCAGUUGAUGGAUGUAUGGGAUGUCGUCGUCGUCGUGACAAGGUGGUACGGUGGUGUGCAUUUGGGGCCGGAUCGGUUUCGGAUCAUCAAUGCUGCUGGACGGGACGCAUUGGUUAGGGGCGGGUUUGAAAAGAAGAAAGAGGCUGGUGGUGAGAAGGGGAAGAAGAAGGGGAAGAAGUGA